AUGGCUGCGUUACCGCCUGAGCGUUCGAAUUUCUCCUUACCGUUUACCUACACCGGAUUGGAUUUUGCAGGCCCUUUAGAUGUCAAAUCAUCUACCUUGCGAAAAUCCCCAUUGCUCAAAGGCUACGUUUGCGUAUUCAUCUGUUUUUCGACCAAGGCUAUUCACUUAGAGCCUUGCUCAGAUCUUUCCACGAAAGCAUUCCAGGCAGGAUUCCCUCGUUUUGUAGGAAGACGCGGUCUUCCACAACGCCUCUUCUCCGACAAUGGAAAAAACUUUGUGGGCGCCAAUCGCGCCUUUAAACAAGAUUUUAAACGAUUCCUCAAGGAAUGCUCAGAUGAUAUUCGAUCAAAAUAUACGCUACAUGGUUUCGAUUGGCAUUUUUUGCCAUCAGACGCUCCUCACAUGGGCGGACUUUGGGAGGCUGCGGUAAAAAGCUUCAAGCUCCAUUUCAAAAGGAUUGCGGGAAGUCAGUCGUUCACCUUCGAGGAACUGGCUACAUUAUUGGCACGUAUCGAAGCAGUUCUGAAUUCGCGUCCACUAUCCCCUAUGUCCGAUAGUCCCCAAGAGUUGCUAGCUCUAACACCCGGUCAUUUUCUGCGUGGUGCGCCUCUCCUGGCAACCCCAGAACCUAUUGCCGUUGAUAACCUUUCACUACAGAAUAGAUGGGAGAAAUUAAAGAUCUUACACCAACAGUUCAGUCUCCGCUGGAAAGAGGAGUACCUGAAAGAACUUCACCAGAGGUAUAAAUGGAAGGCUCCACAAAAAAAUCUUACCACGAUCGCCAUCUCUACCAUCUCCAAUCCGCAAGAUUCAGGCUCCGUUCAUAAGCCCGCUGCGGGAUCCGUUGGUACACCAGUGCCAAAUGUGUUUUCGAUACCAUCCACUGCGGUUCUGCAAGGCCUUCCUUGCAAUGAAUGUCGAGGACCGGAUCCGGUGCGUUGA